GAACCGGAGUAGGCUUUUGCGCAAGCGCAACAGAUGCACGCGUUAUAUUUUCAGUGGAAGUGUGUAGCAAAAACAGUCACAGAUAUCUUGAUUAAGGGGCUUUACCGCGCCGUUUACGUUCUUUAUUUCCACCGUGUUCCACGUGUAGGUCUCGGCGCUGACCUUCGCUAGCUGUCGCUGAAUCCAAGCGACAACGUUUAGACAUAGAAAGCUGAGGUUUGAAGAAAGCUAACUGGCUAGCUUAGCCCGCUGUUAGCUGUAAGUGGCAGCAUGGCAGCUGUACUGGAGCUGAUUGCUGGGAGCUACGAGCAGAUCGCAUUCGGUUACCGAGUGAAAACUGAUGAAAAAGAGUGGACAACCAAGGCAGACUUCACACAUCACGCCCACACAGCAUCCAUAUCAGCUGUGGCGGCCAGCGAGAGGUUUGUUGUCACGGGAAGCAAAGACGAGACCAUACAGCUGUACGACAUGAAGAAGAGAAUUGAGCACGGUGCCUUGCUGCAUCAUGACGGCACCAUCACCUGCCUGGAGUUUUAUGGGACGUCUCAUUUACUGAGCGGAGGAGAGGACGGACUCCUGUGUGUGUGGAGCACAAAGAAGUGGGAGUGCCUGAAGUCCAUCAAAGCUCACAAAGGCCACGUCACAUCGCUCUCCGUCCAUCCAUCUGGGAAACUUGCACUUUCAGUUGGGACAGAUAAGACUCUCAGAACGUGGAAUCUAAUUAACGGAAGAUCAGCCUUCAUCAAAAACAUAAAAGAGAAUGCACACAUUGUAAGAUGGUCUCCAGAUGGGGAUAAAUAUGUGGUGGUGGCAAACGACAAGAUUGACAUCUAUGACCUGGAGACGGCCUCAGUGACAGGAACAGUUACAAACCCCAAAAGGAUCUCGUCUGUUAAGUUCUUAAAUAACGCCAUCCUGGCUGUCGCAGGAGACGAUGAAAUUGUGAGGUUAUGUGACAUGGGAAAAGAGAAAUGGGUGUGUGAGUUCAAGGCUCAUGAAACAAGGGUGAAAGCAGUUGACAGUUUUAAUAUGGAGGAUUUCUGCGUGAUGGUGACGGCUUCAAAUGACGGACUCAUCAAAAUGUGGAAACUUCAUCUUAAUGAGGAACUGGAGCCUCCCACCCUCCUUGGGGAAGUGAACACAACAGCCAGGCUGACGUGCCUCGCCGUGUGGAAACCUUCAUCGGUGCAGCAGACUGCUGAGGAACCAGCAUCUGAGGCGACAACAUCAACAUCUGCAGAACUCGCUCGAGAACUUUCAAAGACGAAGAGAGUCCGAAUUGCAACAGAAGAAGUCAUUCUAGAAGAUGAGAGCAAACCCAAACAGAAGAAAAAAGGCGGUGGAAAACGAAAUGUCCAGCAAUAAAAAAUCUUUUUAAAAUCUUUU